AUGCUUGUAGCUUCGUUUGUCGCUGCCUUGCUGUCGGCAGUUGAAGUCACGUACUCGGCACCUAUCGAGGGCUCCUCCCCACCGUCUGAUCCGUACAACUGCGGCUACGUGCGUACUCGUUGGAACAGCAGUGCAGUCGCUGGGAUAUUUGCACUUGAAAGCUGCACGCUGUUCUACUACAACGAAACCAUUGGCAACUACCAGGAUGCAUUUGCGUACACUCUGUACGGGGGCUGUACCUGCCGCUUUUACUCGAUUGUCGAAGACUGCUUGAAGAACGCUCCAGUCCCGCAAUACACAGGUUCAACUGAUCGAUGGCACGAACCGCUUUUUGCAGAGCCGAGACCGACGUGGUAUACCUGCCACGAAAGCAAGUAG